GCUUAGUCCCGUUAAGCUGCAGGAGUUUGAGUGGAGCGUGAUGCAGCACUUCCACUUCCCCUUGGCCCCAGCAGCCUGUAUAAAAAGAGACGUGAGGGUACAGAGAGGCCAGAUCUACAGCUCACCGACAGCACGUCCAACUGGUUUCAAACUUUGAGCUGUCUUUUAAGGAGCCAGAAAAACUAUUUCGACGUGACCUGUGAAGAUGGAGACCCAGAGGAGUGCGAGGAAAAAUGACACGGCUGAAUCCGGCAGCGAUUUAUCCGAGCAGAUUAAAGCUGCCACAAAGGACAACCACGUCCGAGCUGAGAACACCCAACUGAUGCUGAGUUACCAGAAGGGACAGAUCACACUGCCGCAGUACAAGACACGCUGGUAUUCACCUGGAGGCCUCUGUCAGGUCCUGCUCUGCUCCCUGUACGUGAUCUACAGAGCUCUGGAGGAAGAGCUGGACCGGAACUGCUCCCACCCGGCCGUUGCGCCGAUAUACUUCCCCCAGGAACUGGCCCGCCUGGAGACCCUGGAGAGAGACCUGGAGCACUUUUUGGGCUCGGACUGGAGGGACAGAGUGAUCGUCCCCGCGGCCACGCAAAGAUACGAACAGAGGCUACGAGAGAUUGGGAGGGAGAACCCAGAGCUGCUGGUGGCCCACGCUUACACUCGCUACCUGGGGGAUCUGUCCGGAGGGCAGGUGCUGGGGAAAAUCACCCAGAAGUCCCUGGGGCUGAGCAGCAGAGAGGGGCUGUCGUUCUUCUCCUUCCCCGGCGUCACCAGCCCCCACCGCUUCAAGCAGCUGUACAGGGGCCGCAUGAACAGCGUCGAGCUGACGGAGCCGGAGAGGGCGGCCGUGCUGGGGGAGGCGGUGGCGGCCUUCGAGCUCAACAUCCAGGUUUUCGAUGACUUGCAAAAAAUGCUGAGCGUCGUGGCAGAAGCAGCGGACCAAUCAGAGGACGGCGUCCCAAAGGCCCGGGCGCCCGUCCUGCAGGUCACCGUGGGACUGUGUCUGGCACUGGUCACCGUCGGAUUGGGGAUCUAUGCCUCAUAGUCAUCGGCUGUUCACUCAAAUAAGCACAGGCAGCACUUUACUCCUCAGAAAUCAAGACUAAAAACUUGUUUUUUCCCCCUCACUGUGUAAAAAAAAAAACUUUCCAAGCUUUUCAUUCGUGUAAUCCUCGCCGAUGCACUUUCGGCAACUGGUCCGUGAUUCGUUUAAUAAAAACAAGCUGUUCAAUCAGAA